AUGGAUGACAUUGAUAAGCUUAUCGAGGCCUUGCGACUCAACGAGAAAAAGUUUAAUGAAGAAGAGAUCCGCGCAAACUCGUGGAAAAUCUUCACGAACCCUGAAAUGUCUAUAGAAAUUGAGGCAUUAUACCAGCGAGGGUUAAAGCUGCAGGAGAAAAGGAAGAAGGAAGAAAUGGAAAGAAUUAUGGAAGAAGAGAUAAAACUUGCGAAAGAGAGCUGGUUCGAAAAAAGCGACGAUCAAGACCCGUUUGACGAGCUUGAAAAGUCAAUCGAAGUGCUGAAUAAUUGUUUCGUGCAGAUGGAAAACGAUUUCGGUCAUCCCUCGAAACUUACAACGGAAAAGCUUGAAAAGGCCGCUAAUGAUAUUUUAGAGCAAAAGAGGAAACUCGGGGAAACUGUCAAGAACUUGUCAAAGAAAUUAGAAAAUUGUGCUAACUUCGGCUCAAGCACAGCAAAAGCCUUGAAAAUAGAGGAGGCCGCUUAUUUGAGAAUAGAGACUGAGGUUGUUUUCAAGGAGACUUUCCUGCAGAAAUAUGAGGAAUCUCGUUCGAAAAUUGAAAAUACCUUGUCGAUCUUCCAAGGAAUGCCUGAAGAGAACCGAACUGUUCUCAAAGAAAGCUUGAAAGCUAGCGUUGAGGAUUUGAGCGCUCGCAUCGCGAAGUAUCUCGACGAAGGAGAGAAAUUUCUCAAAGGAAAGACUCUUGAGAGCAGAAUUGCUAAGGAUGUCCUGAAGAAGGUGUUCGUUGAAAUGGAAAAGUGCCAGGCGAACGAGAGAAAGCUCAAUGAAGAAUGGAGUAAGCUCAGGAAGAUAAUCGAUGUUGAUGUUGAUAGGAUGCGAAAAGUCUAUGUCAGGCUUAAAGCAUUGGAGCCGAUUGCGGAUGAGAGCUGCAAAGAAAUGGAGAUCUUGAUGGAGAAGAUCAACAUUUUCAAACGUGACCUGAGCGCAGCUGAACUCGAUGCAAAAUCGGAACUUGUAAAAGAUUCUCCCAUUAACCGACAGCUCGCAAGUCUCUGUGGCUUCGAAUCGAGCAUGGUGAGAAAAGAUGAGUUAGAGGAGAAGCUUCAUUCAUUGAUUCGCGAAAAAGAAGCCAGACGAAUGGAAGUUAUCUUACAAAAUGAAGAAAAAGCCCGUGAAGUUUCUCGCGAAUUUCUCAAAGCCCAAGAACAGAAUCCACCAAUUCAACUAGCGAACAAAUCAGAGGCCACUCUUCAGCAUCUUGCUUCGCUCUAA